AUGGAAGAUACGACCCAACACACGGUCGCUGAGAAGAUUGAGCUCGUCGUGGGAUUAGAGAACAUGGAUGGAGUGCGGCAGAGGCAGCAAGAAGAUUUGGCAUCCCACGCACCACGUUACUGGGUUAUUUAG